GCGAGGGGCGCGCGUGGCUGUGGGGUCGCGCAGCCGGGCGGCAGCAGGGGUGGCGUGGGGCUGCAGAGGGCGCGGCGCGGGCGGGCGGCCGGCGGGGCUGCCCGGCGCGGGCGUCCCGGCGAUGUGUGGCGCUGAAGCGGCGGCGGCGGCGGCGACGGGCUCGGCUUCGCGGCGGUGCUGGUGCCGGCGGCGGCGGCGGCGGCGCAGGCCUCUCCUCGGGACCUGGCGAGCCCCGGCCUAAGCGGCGGCCCCGCAGAACCCCCGCACGGCGCUCCAGGCCGGGCCCCUCCCCGUCUCGCCCUGCCCCGGGAGCCUGCCUCCCCGGCCGGGGAUGAGGCCGGGAAGCGGCUGCGCGGGGCCCAGCACAAAGGCUUGUCCCCAGGGUCCGCCGCCGCUGCCGCCGCCACCGCCCCCACCAGCCUAGAGCCGCCUGUGGAAGCUGAGCCGGCACCCGGGCCCUCAUCCCCUCCGGUCCCCAGGGGCGGGCGCUGCCCGUCUCCCCGAGGCCCGGGGACCCGAGCUCCGAGCCCUUUGCUUCUGCGGCUGCCAGGGGACCGGACAGCCGUACAGCCUCCGCCGCUUCGGGCAGUGGGAGCCCUGCGGAGCAUGUCGGAGGACAGCGACAUGGAGAAAGCCAUCAAGGAAACCUCCAUUUUAGAAGAAUAUAGUAUCAAUUGGACUCAGAAACUGGGAGCCGGAAUUAGUGGUCCAGUUAGAGUCUGUGUGAAGAAAUCUACUCAAGAACGGUUUGCACUUAAAAUCCUUCUCGAUCGUCCAAAAGCUAGAAAUGAGGUGCGCCUGCAUAUGAUGUGUGCCACACACCCCAAUAUAGUUCAGAUUGUUGAAGUGUUUGCUAACAGUGUACAGUUCCCUCAUGAGUCCAGCCCCAGGGCUCGACUCUUAAUUGUAAUGGAGAUGAUGGAAGGGGGAGAGCUAUUUCACAGAAUCAGCCAGCACCGGCACUUUACAGAGAAGCAAGCCAGCCAAGUAACAAAGCAGAUAGCCCUGGCUCUGCAGCACUGUCACUUGCUUAACAUUGCGCACAGAGACCUCAAGCCUGAAAAUCUGCUUUUCAAGGAUAACUCUUUGGACGCCCCUGUGAAGUUAUGUGACUUUGGGUUUGCUAAAGUUGACCAAGGUGAUUUGAUGACACCCCAGUUUACCCCGUACUAUGUAGCACCUCAGGUACUAGAAGCACAGAGGAGGCACCAGAAGGAGAAGUCCGGCAUCAUACCUACCUCGCCAACACCCUACACCUACAACAAGAGCUGUGACUUGUGGUCCCUAGGGGUGAUCAUUUAUGUGAUGCUGUGCGGCUAUCCUCCUUUUUACUCCAAACACCACAGUCGGACUAUCCCAAAGGAUAUGCGGAGAAAGAUCAUGACAGGAAGUUUCGAGUUCCCGGAAGAAGAGUGGAGCCAGAUCUCAGAGAUGGCCAAAGACGUUGUGAGGAAGCUCCUAAAGGUCAAACCAGAGGAAAGACUCACCAUUGAGGGCGUGUUGGAUCACCCCUGGCUCAACUCGACGGAGGCCCUAGAUAAUGUGCUACCCUCUGCUCAGCUGAUGAUGGAUAAGGCAGUGGUUGCAGGGAUCCAGCAGGCUCAUGCUGAGCAACUGGCAAACAUGAGGAUCCAGGACCUCAAAGUCAGCCUCAAGCCCCUGCACUCUGUGAACAACCCCAUUCUAAGGAAAAGGAAGCUACUGGGCACCAAGCCAAAGGAUGGUAUUUAUAUACACGACCAUGAGAAUGGAGCUGAGGAUUCAAAUGUUGCCUUGGAAAAGCUUCGAGAUGUCAUUGCCCAGUGUAUCCUCCCCCAGGCUGGUAAAGGAGAGAAUGAAGACGAGAAGCUGAAUGAGGUGAUGCAGGAAGCCUGGAAGUACAACCGGGAGUGCAAGCUCCUGAGGGACGCCCUGCAGAGCUUCAGCUGGAAUGGUCGUGGAUUCACAGAUAAAGUAGACCGACUAAAGCUGGCAGAGGCUGUGAAGCAGGUGAUCGAGGAGCAGACCACUCCCCACGAGCCCCAAUAGUAACAGCUUCAAACUAUUUUUAACAAUUGGAAAAAUUAUUCCUUAAUGUAAAAAGUAAUUUUUAUGUAAAUUAAUAAAUCAUACUUUCAUUUCAUUUUUGUUUAAGUUGCUAUAUAGAUUUAGGUUCAGAGUUCCUAACUGUUAAUUGUUUUUGUUUUUAAGAAGCUCAAUUUCUAUACGUAUUAGAAACAGGAUGGUUGAGUCAUAUUAUGAGAUGAGACUGUCAAGAAAGAUGGAUUUAUCUGUGGUAAAGUAUUACAGCCCUUUGCCAGAGGCAGGUAAAGAAGCCAUGCCAGGCUUUCUGCCCACUAAACUGUUGCAUCAAGGACUGUGGAGCCUCAUUUCCUUCACUCCCUGCAUGUUGGCUAGGUUAGUUCUAGCGCCAACCUGAUUUUGUGACUCAAGCAUUGUCAACUAUCUGGCACAGCUCUCAGGAUGUACACUCCUUGUCCUGCAGUCACUCUGGUAGAAAAGCAGGAGCAUGGCCGUGGCUUCUCUUGUCCCUGAUCACCUAGGGGAAAAAAAAGGCAUUUCCUUUCUGUCAUGCUUGUCAAGGUGUUGGUGUAUUUCCUCAGCCCACUGGGACUUGCUUUGGAGCGUAUUCCUCUUUCCCCUCCCUGGCACCUGCUCUGUGUUCUCCUUCACAGCAUCAUGACAGUCACUAUCUUCCCCUGCUCCUCUGACAUCUUUCUUGCAGGAUGUUGCUGAGAAACAGCAUCAGAAAGGAUCCAGUUUUAUUCGGUUGUUUUUUCUUA